GCGACAUCGGGGUGUUAAACGACAACAACAGGAUGUCCUGAGAAGGCCUAAGUGUAGGACUAUAACCACAAAGGACACAAUAUCUGAGGUCAAACCUAACCUUGGACAACCUUGCUGAGCGUAUUUUCAGGGGCCUUGAUGACAGUAAGCAUUUGAUGGUUUUCAGGUCCUCGACUCUUACCACUGCUGUAGCCUUGUUAUGAGAUCUGCUUAACAAUGCAUGAGAAGAAAGCCACUCCAGAGUCGUCUGCCCUUCUGAUGACAGAGGAGGAGUUGGGACACGCAAGGAAGGGCCGGUCAGAUAAGCCGAGUGUGUUGUACUUACACGAUGAUGAUGAGGAGGAAGAUGACAGCAUUCUCUACGAUAAGAUGUCCAGGAAGAAAACAACAUCCUUGUUGAUACUGGAUUGUUUUGUUACAAUCAUAGAGAUUCUCCAGUUUUUGGCCAUCGUUCAAUCCAUGGCACUAAGAUGGGCAUGGCCUGAAUCAUUCUUGUCCGCAACCAAUUUUAUUUUCCUUUUCAACCUGGACAUCUGGGAUUUUCUCAAAGUUCACACAGCAGGUGCUUACAAACACAUCCAGGGCUACCAUGUUCCCAGUGACUCGAUGCCAGCAUAUUAUUUCAGUCUUAUUCUGGGUUGGUCGAUAAUCCUCAUCGUGGCAGUAGUGGUUUAUGUCGCCACAUAUACACGAUUGCGACACAGAAAACACCCCUUUAUGAUGGUUAGAAUUGCCCGUCUGCAGCAUGUGUAUAUUGUUAUGAUUCAGUUGUUUACUCUUCCUGUAGGUGUUGUGGCUGGUCGGGUGUUCCACUGCACAGACCAGAAUCUGGUGGAUAUUGAUAACAGUAUUACAUGUUCCAGCGGUCAUCACUGGAUCAUCAUGACUACUGCCAUAGCCUUCUUUGUCUGUGUUUUUCUUCCUUUCCCAAUCUGGCUGAUAUACAAAACUCUUCAAGAGAUUUAUGUGUUGUGGAUCAGUCGCCGAAAGCAUGAGGCCACUCUCCAGUUAAAAGAAAUUCAGUACCGUCAAGGUUUGAAUCUCACGUGGGUUGUUAAAAGUUACCACAUUUUUGCCUCGUUUGCCCGUGGAAGUGUUCACUACAGAGCUGUAAUGCAUUUGUUCAAACUGAGCGUCAUUCUUGUGUUCUCAUUGGCUCACAAUUCUAUUUGGACCCAGGCGGGCCUUUGUCUCGGAAUCUUCUCUCUCAUGUCUCUACUUCUGUGCCUGUUCCGACCAUUCAGAGUUACCUCCCUUAAUGUGUUGAUGGUGUACUGUUACCUGAGCCUGUUAGGCAUGUCUCUCUAUGGGACGGUCAUGACCUCUGUCUCUCCCACACAGGUGGGUUCACCGUGGAUGCUCUAUCCAUACAAUGUAUGGUUACUGGGCGUUCUCACUGGCCUCGUAGCUUUAGCCAUUCUCUUCUUUGUUGUGUAUGCUUUCACAAGGGAGAUAAUCUGCUACAAACACUGCUGUAAAGAGCACAUGUGGCCCACCUUGACAAGACAUGGACUAUCACGACUCAGUCCUCACACCCGCAAAUACAUGAAGGCCCUGCUGAGGGGACAGAUAUUCUUAGAGAAGGUACAAAAAGCUCCUCCAAUGUUUGCCCGUGCCGAUGAGUUAGCGAAACAGAUUGAAGUAAUUAACGUGUAUUGUCGAGAGGCGGAGUAUCUUGGUGACAUCAUGCACCGCCCACUAUUGAACCUGGUAGACAGCAUGAUCCAGACUCAUGCCUACAUCUAUCCCAAGUCUCUCUUCUCCAACUCAGUCAAGUCUUCCAUCCAAGAGACGGCUGCCAAGUUUAUGGAUUUACUGCCAGUGUUUUCUCGACGUCUUACACAAAGGGAAUAUGACUUUAUCCUGGUGUCCCCUGUUAAGAAGAGAAUUCUGCUGAAAAUGCUGUGUUUAGCCAUUUUUCUGAAUGGACGAGCUGAGAAAGUUGCCAAGAAAAAGUUAACCAGGGAAGCUCAGGCUAAGAUGUGGCAAGAGAGACCAGAGAUCAGAGUAUUUGAGGAACCUGAUGUCUACUACGAAGACAUGUAUCCUGACCCUCAAGAGGAACUUGCUUGCCGACCUGACUCUGCCCUCUCUGACGACGACCUUUCCGACGAGGUUAGGGGUCAUGACCUUUUCACAGGGAGUAUAUUGGAGAUAGACUACAUAGGAGAGUCGUCAACCUGUCAGGUGGACAAGACCUGGCCGGACCCUGUACCUGUAGACGAGGAGGAGCUGCCAGCCUACUCUCUGAUUGACCUCAGGCAAGGUGAGAUAACAGAAGGAUCACCAGCACAACCUGAAGUAACAAACUCAGCUCAGGACGAGACUGAAGUAAACAAUCAAGGGGCAAGUAACUCUCGAUUUCAGCCUGAUGAAACAGGGGGAGAUAACUUAGAACAGAUCAGGCCACAGGAGAAGACAGAGGAAAGUAGGCAGCCAGAAAUCAAGGGUAGAACAACUCAGAGAAAGGGACCCAGAAAGAAUAUGAAGAAGAGGAAAACCUAACUUUAUGGCUUCAAGACUUAUCUUGUGCUUCCCAUUAGUUGAUAAGCACAUCAGCUGUAUCCGGGGGGAACCUUGCAAGAUGGACAUUCCAGUUAGCAUCAAAUGAUAAAGCAGUCACUGAUCAUUUUCUGAUCCAGUUUUAAGGAAGUAUAAUGAUUAUUGUUGUAUAAUGAUUCUUUGUUUCCAUUGAUCAAUAUAUGGUCACAUGACAAGCCACAUUCCACUCGAUCAAGCAGAGCAGCAUCAUGCUCACAAACUAAUAUCCCAUGUUCUCAAGGCAGUAACCAAUGAUCUCAUCAAAUGAUCACAUCCAGUUAUCUCCCUUUGUGUACUUUGAUGUCUGGUUGAUUGUAAUGUAAACAAUGGGUUGGUGGUGGCUAGUAUCAACUGAGCAGGUACACUGAGCAGCUGCUGAUGUGUUAAGCGUAUGGAUCAUGCUGGUGUGUUAAGCGCAUGGAUCAUGCUGGUGUGUUAAGCGUAAGGAUCAUGGUGUGUUAAACGUGUCGAUCAUGCUGGUAUGUUAAGCAUAUGGAUCAUGCUGGUGUGUUAAACGUGUGGAUCAUGCUGGUGUGUUAAGCGUAUGGAUCAUGCUGGUGUGUUAAGCGCAUGGAUCAUGCUGGUGUGUUAAGUGUAAGGAUCAUGCUGGUGUGUUAAGCGUAUGGAUCAUGCUGGUGUGUUAAGCGCAUGGAUCAUGCUGGUGUGUUAAGGGUAUGGAUCAUGCUGUUGUGUUAAGCGCAUGGAUCAUGCUGUUGUGUUAAGGGUAUGGAUCAUGCUGGUGUAUUAAACGUGUGGAUCAUGCUGGUGUGUUACGGGUAUGGAUGAUGCUGUUGUGUUAAGUGCAUUGAUCAUGCUGUUGUGUUAAGCGUAAGGAUCAUGUUGGUGUAUUAAACGUGUGGAUCAUGCUGGUGUUUUAAGUGCAUGGAUCAUGCUGGUGUUUUAAGUGCAUGGACCAUGCUGGUGUGUUAAGCGUAAGGAUCAUGCUGGUGUAUUAAACGUGUGGAUCAUGCUGGUGUGUUAAGGAUAUGGAUCAUGCUGGUGUGUUAAGCGUAUGGAUCAUGCUGGUGUAUUAGGCGUAUGGAUCAUGCUGGUGUGUUAAGGAUAUGGAUCAUGCUGGUGUGUUAAGCGUAAGGAUCAUGCUGGUGUAUUAAACGUGUGGAUCAUGCUGGUGUGUUAAGGAUAUGGAUCAUGCUGGUGUGUUAAGCGUAUGGAUCAUGCUGGUGUGUUAAGCGUAAGGAUCAUGCUGGUGUAUUAAACGUGUGGAUCAUGCUGGUGUGUUAAGGAUAUGGAUCAUGCUGGUGUAUUAGGCGUAUGGAUCAUGCUGGUGUGUUAAGGAUGUGGAUCAUGCUGGUGUGUUAAGCGUAUGGAUCAUGCUGGUGUGUUAAGCGUAUGGAUCAUGCUGGUGUGUUAAACGUGUGGAUCAUGCUGGUGUGUUAAGGAUGUGGAUCAUGCUGGCGUGUUAAACGUGUGGAUCAUGCUGGUGUGUUAAGCGUAUGGAUCAUGCUGGUGUGUUAAGCGUAAGGAUCAUGUUGGUGUGUUAAACGUGUGGAUCAUGCUGGUGUGUUAAGCGCAUGGAUCAUGCUGAUGGCGUGUUAAAUGUGUGGAUCAUGCUGCUGGCGUGUUAAACGUGUGGAUAAUGCUGGUGUGUUAAGCCUAUGGAUCAUGCUGCUGGUGUGUUAAGGAUAUGGAUCAUGCUGCUGGCAUGUUAAACGUGUGGAUCAUGUUGGUGUGUUAAGCGUAUGGAUCAUGCUGCUGGCGUGUUAAGCGUAUGGAUCAUGCUGCUGGUGUGUUAAGCGUAUGGAUCAUGCUGGCGUGUUAAACGUGUGGAUCAUGCUGCUGGUGUGUUAAACGUGUCGAUCAUGCUGGUGUGUUAAACGUAUGGAUCAUGCUGCUGGUGUGGUAAGCGUAUGGAUCAUGCUGCUGGCGUGUUAAACGUGUGGAUCAUGCUGGUGUGUUAAGCGUAUGGAUCAUGCUGCUGGUGUGUUAAACGUGUGGAUCAUGCUGUUGUGUUAAACGUGUGGAUCAUGCUGGUGUGUUAAACGUGUGGAUCAUGCUGGUGUGUUAAACGUGUGGAUCAUGCUGGUGUGUUAAGCGUAUGGAUCAUGCUGCUGGUGUGUUAAACGUGUGGAUCAUGCUGGUGUGUUAAACGUGUGGAUCAUGCUGGUGUGUUAAACGUGUGGAUCAUGCUGGUGUGUUAAACGUGUGGAUCAUGCUGGUGUGUUAAAUGUGUGGAUCAUGUUGGUGUGUUGAACGUGUGGAUCAUGCUGGUGUGUUAAGCGUAUGGAUCAUGCUGCUGGUGUGUUAAACGUGUGGAUCAUGCUGGUGUGUUAAACGUGUGGAUCAUGCUGGUGUGUUAAGCAUAAGGAUCAUGCUGGUGUGUUAAGCGUAUGGAUCAUGCUGCUGGUGUGUUAAGCGUAUGGAUCAUGCUGCUGGUGUAUUAAACGUGUUGAUCAUGCUGGUGUAUUAAACGUGUCGAUCAUGUUGGUGUAUUAAACGUGUGGAUCAUGCUGGUGUAUUAAACGUGUCGAUCAUGUUGGUGUAUUAAACGUGUGGAUCAUGCUGGUGUGUUAAGGAUAUGGAUCAUGCUGCUGGUGUGUUAAACGUGUGGAUCAUGCUGAUGUGUUAAGCAUAUGGAUCAUGCUGGUGUGUUAAGCGUAAGGAUCAUGCUGGUGUGUUAAGCGUAAGGAUCAUGUUGGUGUGUUAAACGUGUCGAUCAUGCUGGUGUGUUAAACGUGCCGAUCAUGCUGGUGUGUUAAGCGCAUGGAUCAUGCUGGUGUGUUAAACGUGUGGAUCAUGCUGGUGUGUUAAACGUGUCGAUCAUGCUGGCGUGUUAAACGU